UAGAUAUUAUAGAUGGAAAUCAAACUAUGCCAGACUCAGAAGUAGCAUCUUUGGAGGAAUACAUUCCUACUCGACUCACAAGCUUUACUAUACUUAAAUGUACCAUUACAGUCCCAAUGGCUGAAUUCAAUUUACUGGACCACUUGCUGCCUAUAAUCAUGGGUCAAAAGAAUUCAAGUGGUUUGUUAAACAUUACAAGCUUCCAGCCUGUACGGCCUUUGCCUUCUAUUAGAAUUUUGGUGGACAAAAUUAACUUGGAACAUUCUGUGCCAAUGUAUGCUGAACAACUUGUGCAAACAGUCAGCAGCCUUAGCCAACCUUCUGAUAACCUGCUUCAUUACUGUAAUGCACACUGCUACCUUAAGAUAUUUGGCUUUCAGGCAGGACUAACCUCUUUGGAUAUCAGAGGAUCAUACUGCUCACCUGCUCCAGUUAUCCCCUCUUUUAGUACUGCUUUUUAUGGCAAGCUACUUAAAUAUCCCAGAUCCUGGACCAAGAGAUCUCAUGUUCCUCUGACAGAAUGCAUAUUUGAGCUUCCUAAUCUGACCAUUCAAGCAACAAGAGCUCAGACCCUUCUGCUUCAAACUAUUUAUCAGAGUUGGUUUCAUCAUCUUGGGAAUGUCAGUUCUACAGCAGUAAAUGAAACUUUGCUGAAUGAAGUCUUCCAAACUUUAGGUGUGAAAUCUAAGAAUCCCCUGCCAACUCUUGAGGGCUCAAUCCAGAAUGUUGAACUGAAGUACUGCAGCACAUCAUUGGUCAAAUGUGCCUCUGGGACCGUGGGAUCAAUAAAAAUUUGUGCCAAAGCCCCAGGUGAUGGUGGAAAAGAGAAGCUGAUUCCUUUAAUUCAAGGCCCUUCAGACACAAGAGACCUACACAGCAGCAAAUGGCUCAAUGAAAGUAGAAAGCCAGAAUCUCUGUUAGCUCCAGAUUUGGUAGCCUUUACAAUCCAAAUUCCACGGUGUAUGGACUACUGCCAUAAUUCUGGUGCAGUACUUUUGACCAGUGUGCAAGGAUUAGCUGUCAAUAUUGAUCCUGUCCUAUAUACGUGGCUUACCUAUCAACCUCAAAAACGAAAUAGUAGACACAUUCAACAGCAGCCUGUAGGAACUGUUCCUCUGGGUUUGCCAGUAACGAGGAAAAAAGAGGAUGAGGUGUCGGUUGGAAGUGCACCUUUGGCAAAACAACAGUCAAAUCAAGCCUCUGAGUAUGCCAGCAGCCCUGUCAAAACAAAAACUGUAACAGAAUCUCGGCCUUUAUCACUUCCAGUGAAAGCCAUGCAGAACUCAACUGAAAGCUGCAGAAGUCCUGAGGAGAGAAUGAAAGAAUUUAUUGGGAUAGUAUGGGAUGCAGUUAAGUGCCUUACACUUCAGCUUGAAGUACAGUCCUGUUGUGUGUUCAUUCCAAAUGACAGCUUGCAUUCUCCAAGUACAAUUGUAUCUGGUGACAUUCCAGGAACUGUCCGAAGUUGGUACCAUGGGCAGGCUAGUAUGCCUGGUACACUUGUUGUUUGUUUGCCUCGGAUAAAGAUUAUGAGUGCUGGACACAAAUACAUGGAGCCACUGCAAGAGAUACCUUUUGUUGUACUAAGACCUAUUCUGGAAGAAGGAGAUGCUUUCCCUUGGACUAUUAGCCUACAUCAUUUCAGUGUAUAUACUGUUCUUGGACAACAAAUGACACUUAAUUUAGUGGAACCCAUGGGCUGCACUUCUACACUCGCUGUCACUUCACAAAAACUGGUUGCUUCAGGGUCAGAAUAUAGACACUCGUUUGUUGUCUGCCUCCACGUCGACCUUGAGUCACUUGAAAUAAAAUGCUCAAACCCCCAGGUCCAGCUGCUGUAUGAAUUGGCAGAUAUCAUGGGUAAAGUCUGGAAUAAGAUUCAGAAGAGAGGUAUUCUGUAUCAGUCAUCCAUUUACGUGGAGUCUGUGGCAGGGCCUGCUCCUCCUAGUUCUCCAGUUAAAAGUAGUGUUGGUACUGCUCCACCGGAUAUCAGCACAUAUAGCCCAUCUGCUGACAUCAGGACCACAACAGAGGGUGAUUCGGUACCAGGUGGAGAUGACUCUCCAUUCUCAGACUCGGUUACCUUGGAGCAAACAACAAGUAACAUUGGAAUAUCAAGUGGACGUGUAAGCCUAUGGAUGCAGUGGAUGUUGCCAAAAAUUACUAUAAAAUUGUUUGCACCAGAUCCUAGAAACACAGGCACAGAAAUUUGUGUUGUCAGUGAACUAGAAGAUCUCAGCGCCUCAGUAGAUAUGCAGGAUGUGUAUACCAAAGUCAAAUGUAAAAUUGAAAGCUUCAACAUUGACCACUACAGGAACAGGCCAGGGGAAGGCUGGCAGUCAGGACAUUUUGAAGGAAUAUUUCUACAUUGCAAAGAAAAGCUUGUGACAACGUCAAAACUUUUAGAUGGCUCACAUCAACAACAUGGAUUCCUCUCUCUCACUUAUACAAAGGCUGUGACAAAAAAUGUCCGGCACAAGUUGAUAUCAAGAAAUGAACGAAGAACUUUUCAUAAGUUAUCGGAAGGUCUGUCUGAUGGUUCUCCUCAUUUUCUUCAUGAGAUCCUUCUUUCUGCUCAGGCAUUUGAUGUUGUCCUCUGUUUCCCUUUGCUCAAUGCAAUUGCAAAUAUAUUUCAAGCAAGGCUACCAAGAAGUCAAAAGGAGAAAAGAAAAUCACCUGGCCAGCCUAUGAGAAGUCACACUUUAACAUCUCGCAACUUACCUUUGAUUUAUAUCAACACAGGUGUAAUCAGAGUCUUCUUUCCCAAAACUGAGGAAAUACAACACACAGGAGCUGUAGCCAAUCAAGCAAUAAAAGAAGACACUUUAGUUCUCAAGAUUGGCUCUGUUUCUAUGGCUCCCCAGGCUGACAACCCUCUUAGCAGAGCUGUUCUCCGAAAAGACAUUUACCAGAGAGCAUUGAAUUUAGGAAUACUUCGAGAUCCUGGAUCAGAGGUUGAAGACAGACAAUACCAAAUAGAUCUGCAGUCUAUCAACAUAGGUACUGCUCAGUGGCAUCAGCUGAAACCAGAGAAAGAAAAUAGUAAAGGAGGGGUCCUGACAGAGAAUGAAAGAAAUUCUCAGAACCCAGCACUUGAAUGGAACAUGGCCA